AAUAUAUCAAUUAUCAAUAUAGGUAUUCAACGUGAUAUGCUUACUUAGACUUACUGAAUAAUAUUUUAAGCUAAAUUAACUAGAUUAUCUAACUAUAUUGAGUGACUUAAACAUUUUUAAAUGAAACGUGUUUUAUAAAAUGAAUAAUCAGAGUAGAGGUCUUGCAAAGCGUAAAGUGAAGCCUGUAGAACAACCGCAGUCUUUACUAGAUUUCGAUCUUGGUGAGGGCGAGAGUUCUGAUGAUUCCGAUUUUCGAAUAGAAGAUCAUCCAGAGGAAAGUGACGAUUACUCUAUAAACUCAGACGACGAUGAAAAAAAAGCAAAUGCUAACAGUGGAAGUUCUGAUGAGCAGUCGGAAUCUGAUGCUGAAGAUGUAUACAAAAAUGCAACAGGCAAACUCGGUGAAGAGAUGAGUGUAGCAGAUCUCCUCGAAAAAGCCAAACAACAGGAAUUCAAGUUCCCAGAAUUGGCAAAUGUUCUGAUAUGUGCGGGCUGUCUUGGCUCGAGGAGUGAUGAUUUCAACGAGAUUGUUGAAUGUGAUGGCUGUGGUGUUACCGUUCACGAAGGUUGUUAUGGAGUGUCAGAUGUCACAAGUGAAUCAAGUACAGUUAGUUCUGCUUCAACAGAGCCUUGGUUCUGUGAGGCUUGCAAAGCUGGUGUCACCGAUCCAAAUUGUGAACUAUGCCCUAACAAAGGUGGUAUAUUUAAAGAAACGGAAGUAGGUGCAUGGGUUCAUCUUGUGUGUGCACUUUAUGUACCAGGAGUGGCGUUUUCAGAGGUGGAGCGGCUGUCGGGGGUGACGUUGUUCGAGAUGGCGUACUCCCGCUGGGGCGCGCGCUCGUGCGCGCUGUGCGUGGACGCGACGCUCGCGCGCACCGGCGUCUGUGUGGGCUGUGACGCCGGCCUCUGCAAGACCUUCUUCCACGUCACAUGUGGACAACGAGAAGGUUUACUGGCAGAAGCUCACUCAGAAGAAGCUGAACAAGCGGACCCGUUUUAUGCCCAUUGUCGCUUGCAUUCAGACAAAGCACUUGUAAAGAAACGGAAGAGAAAUUGGUUGGCUUUGCAACUUCGGACUGAAAAGAGGAAAUUGGAGUUACAAAAUAAUCUCAGCGCAGAAGAAAAAAAAAGGAUUCAGCGGAAACUUAUCAAGUACAGAAAGAAAUAUUCACAGCAGAAGGAAAAUAGGAAUCCACCAUGGGUGCCGACGCAGAAGAUGGCGCGCAUGGUGUACAGCAGCGCGUCGGCCAUGCGCAAGUUCCAGCGCAAGGCGCUCGCCAUGGGCGUGGACACGCACGCGCUCGAGUUCCAGGACGCGCAGAUGGCAGCACUGAAGGACGUCUCUCGGCGCUGGCACGUUCCCCCGGCGUUCUCAGUGGAAUUUGUCGGCUACUACCUGGAGAGGAACACGCGAGUUACGUCGCUUCGAAAGUCUUUAGAGAGACUCACAAAAGAAAACGAGAAGCUUCUGGCGGACGACGAGAAACUUAGGACGGAUUAUGACGUGGCUUCAAAAGAGAAUACAGACGUUUUGGCUGAGCUCACGUCAACACGACAGGGCCUACAAAAGAUAUACGAUGCGAUAAUAGCUGUAUCGCCGAAGAAAACGAUCCCCGCCAUCAUGGAAGACAAGCCUCUGAUACCGCCUGUCGUAACGCGGUCUACGCCCAAGGUGACGCCGCAACAGUUGCACAAACGCGCAUGUUAUUACGGCGUACUGUAUGGUGGGCGGCCCAGCAGGUCGAUAUCUGUUCCCACCGCGGCUGCACUUAAGAUGGGCGUUGGUUUUCCUCUUAGUGAUAAUCCGGACGCUCGCCAAGGGAAAGUUUUGUCUACUUCGUUAGAAGCACGUGUAUCGCUGGCGCGCGAGUGCGCGGUGUGCGCGCGCAGCAGCGAGCAGGCGCUGAUGGCGGCGUGCGACACGUGCCGCCAGCACUACCACCUGCACUGCCUGCGCCCGCCGCUCUCGCGCCCGCCCAAGAAGAGCAAGCUCUACGGCUGGCAAUGUUCCGAAUGUGACAAAACAUCGGACUCCGAGCCCGAAGUGCUGGAAAAGAAAGUUCCGCGUCGAUCGCGCAUACGCUACAGCAAAGACGGCGCGAUAAUAUCCGAGCCGCAGAGCCCCGGUUCCGUCCCGAAUUCGCCGCCGAAACCUAAACCGGAAAAAAUUCACAAAGUCGAAAAAUCUAAACUGAGUGUUUCUUCCGAGAACGUUUCGCCGAUAAAAGUGACGAUCAAACCGUUCGAGUUCAGCAGCGACGGAAACGAAAGUUCGGAAAUAAAACCGAAGAAGGAUAAAAAGGCAAAGUCUAAAAAGGACCACUCCUCGACGUCGGGCGGCGAAAGUGAGAUAUCGAUGAAAAAGAUUCAUAAACGUAGCUUCACUUCGCCCAUACUAACAAACACGCCGCUCAUGUCGAUAACGCCCAUAGUAGCGGACAGUCCGAACGAUUCCCACAACGAACAUUCGAACGAUUCAGCGAACGUCGCUCCGCCUAAAGAGUCUAGUUUCUACUCCCAAAAUUUAUCAUUUUCAGCACUCCUCAACGAUUCAAAGGAACGCGACAGCAAAGCGAUCGAGAGUUCGAUAGAGAAUACUCUAGCGAAUUUAUCGUCAGACAUAGCGAUGUACAAAGCGAAUAGGAAGCGAAGGAAGGAAAAGCACAGGUCACGAUAUUCGCCAGAUCUUAUGCGGUCGCCGUCAAAGUCACACAAACAUAAGCGGAAGAAGAAGACGCAAGACAUGGAGAACCCUGAGCCGCCACAUCCUAGGAUCACUAUCAAGAUCAAGCCUAUUCCAAAGCCGGACGGAUCUUUGGGAACGCAGAUGUUCUACGUACCCACUGACAGCAACGACGGGCCUCCACCAGCCGUCAUUAAAAAACUAUCAAAGCAAGUAGAGCAAGAAGUGCCCAAGUCCCCGCUCCCCGAGGAGCCAACUACACUUGACCCACUGGCUGACACAUCCGAACUUGUCCGCUCUCGCGACGGGCGCGCGCGGCGGGCGGCGGGCGGCGGCGCGGCGGCCGCGCUCGCCGGCGCGCCCGCGCCGCUCACGCACUGCGACGUGUGCCGGCAGCCCGGCGACACCGGCAACCUCGUCAGAUGCGAUGAAUGCAGUAAACGAUACCACUUCACGUGCUUGGAGCCGCCUCUGAACAAGAAUCCGAAAAAGCGCGGCUACUCAUGGCACUGUGCCGACUGCGAUCCAACUAUGUGA